CACUCGCCCGCAUGGUUUAAGACUGCAUCGUGCAUCGUGUCUGUAGUGUGCUUUAUGUUUUCUUAUCUUCUCCAUUAAUUGGUUCUAAUUGAAAAAAAAAACCAAGGAAGUCAGUUGUUCCCUUUGAGGGCAACAUUUAAAUUAAAUUAUCGUAUAAAAAAGUCUCAAAAAUGUUGACUGAAUCGUGGGACAAACUGGACUAUAAAUUAAGUCCACCCAUUCUGAAACACCUUGAGGAACUUGACUUUAAGAAGAUGACCCCAGUGCAGGCUGCAGCAAUUCCUUUGCUCUUGAAAAAUAAGGAUGUUGCCGCAGAAGCAGUCACUGGAAGUGGCAAAACUCUAGCAUUUUUAAUUCCAAUGCUAGAAAUGCUCUUGAAAAGAAGCGAGCCUCUCAAGAAAAGAGAAUGUGGAGCUAUUGUCAUUUCACCAACAAGAGAGCUGGCUACUCAAACACAUGAAGUUCUCACUGGAUUUCUGAAACACCUUCCACAAUUCACAUGUGUAUGCGACUUAAAAUCAUACAGCCUACAAAAAAAUGUAGCUUUCCUAUUCUAUUUGCAGAGAUUACUCGUUGGGGGCUGUCCUGUGCAUCAUGAUGUCCAGGCGUUGUCCAAGCAGGGAGCACACAUAAUUAUUGCAACUCCAGGUCGUCUUUUAGAUUUGAUGGACCGACAACUGAACACUGGGCUCCUGCAGGCAGUGAAAAGCUUGGAACUUCUGGUUUUAGACGAGGCGGACCGUCUGCUAGACAUGGGAUUUGAGGUUGCUUUGAACUCAAUCUUGGUCCGUCUGCCUCGACAACGUCGAACAGGUCUAUUUUCAGCUACCCAAACUAAAGAAGUGCAAGCAUUGGUCAGGGCAGGCUUAAGAAAUCCUGUUGCUGUAGCUGUGUCUGAGAAAAAAAUGAGAGAUGCCAAAGGCAAUGAAGAGCAAGAAAAAACUCCUGCUUCAUUGGCAAAUUACUACAUGGUGUGUGAAGCCCAAGAUAAAUUUUCACAAUUGAUUGAAUUCAUUAAACACAACACAUCUGAAGAGAAUGGCAAAUUUAUGAUAUUUUUUGCGACAUGUGCCUGCGUUGAAUACUUUGGUUUCUUACUUUCUAAGUGCCUGAAGGGGCUACAAGUCUUCAGCAUUCAUGGAAAAAUGAAAGAAAAAAGACAUAGGGUGUUUGACACAUUCAAGAACGCAGAAUCAGGCAUUUUAGUAUGCACUGACGUGAUGGCCAGGGGCGUUGAUAUUCCUUUGGUCGACUGGGUGAUUCAAUACGAUCCACCAUCUUCAGCAGCUGCAUUUGUACACAGAUGUGGAAGGACUGCUAGAAUCGGCCGUAAAGGUUCUGCAAUUCUCCUCCUUCUUCCAACUGAAGAGAAUUAUGCUGAAUUUUUGAGAAUCAACCAAAAGGUUUUGCUUGAGCCAUUGGAAGCUGAUGAAAAAGUUCCCGACCUCUCCAAGAGAAUCAGAGACAUGCAGAAGGCAGACAGAGCGAUUUUUGACAAAGCUAAUCGAGCCUUUGUUUCUUACAUCAAAGCUUAUGGCAAACAUGAGUGUCACCUGAUCUUGCGACUGAAAGACCUAAAAUUUGGACAGCUUGCAUCAGGAUUUGGCUUGCUCAAAAUGCCUAAAAUGCCUGAGUUGAAGGGAAAAGUAGUGGAUUGUUUUGAGGAGGAUAGUGUGGACACAAACCAGAUUGCCUACAAAAACAAUGAGAGAGAAGCUUCGAGAAAAAGGAAAUUCGAAGAAUACCAAGAAACUGGGCAAUGGCCUGGCAAAAAGAAGAGACAAGUGAAAACUGUGGCCUGGGCCAAAUCAAAGGAGCUCAAGGCUAAUAAGGAGGAUGCCAAGUCUAGGAGGAAACAGGAAUUGAGAGAGCGCAAAAGGAAGAAGAAAAUGCCUGUCAGUCAAGAUGACAUGGAAGAGCUUGCCAAGGACAUUGCGCUCAUUAAAAAGUUCAAAAAGAGAAAGAUCUCCAAAGAAGAUUUUGACACUCAGUUUAUUGGGGCCAACUAAAAUGCAUUAUUUUUGUUUAACUA